AGCAAACAUGGACCCCAGCAUUAUGGCCGCGAUGGGCAUUACUGGCUUUGGGAAGCAGCAGAAACAGAAAAAGCUGGACCCAAACCGGUUUGACAAGAACAAACGCGUGGAGGAUUCACAAGACCAGCUCCCUAUGAAGAAGGUAGAUAAUGGGGAAUUAGCUGGCCUAAGCCGGUCGCAACGCCCUUCUGUGGAACUAGAGUCCGAGCCAGACGCGGAUGACCUCGAAGUCGGUCCUCCGCCCCCGUCAGCUGAAGCUGCGGAUUCAGAAGAACCUGAAUUCGACCCCUCGGACGAAGAUGACGACCUGCCGGAAUUCCCCACAACUCAUGAGCUGAUUCUUAAGGAUCAUACGAAGGUUGUUUCGGCCCUGGCCCUUGACCCCUCCGGUGCCCGUAUUGUGAGCGGCUCACAUGAUUACGACUGCAAGCUAUGGGACUUCGGUGGAAUGGAUUGGAGGUGUAAGCCGUUCAAAACUUGGGAGCCUGCGGGUACUUAUUAUAUUCACGACGUCAAGUGGUCGCUCGAUGGUCAGCAGUUCCUAGUCAUGCCUGGGACGACGCAGCCGAAGCUGUUUGACCGAGAGGGCGAAGAACUUGCGACGUAUGUCAAGGGUGACAUGUACAUCCGAGACAUGAAGAACACCAGCGGCCACGUCGCGGAACUGACCACUUGCGCCUGGCACCCUAAGGACCCUCAAUCCUUCAUCACGAGUUCCGCUGAUUCUACUAUCCGCAUCUGGGACGUGGAGAAUAAACGGAAACAGAGGACGGUUAUUGUUGUCAAGUCGAAGGAGCGAGGCGCACGAACUAAAGUCACCGCGUGUGGAUAUUCAUCGGAUGGCUCGCUCAUUGGCGGAGCUUGUCUCGACGGAGCGCUGCAUAUGUGGCAAACGAAGUCCAACUUCGUGCGCCCAAGUCUAACGAUCGAAGGCGCGCACAUGAAGAACACCGAUACAGGUUCUUUGGUCUUCUCCGUCGACGGUCGAACUGUCCUAACCCGCGGAGGAGACGACACAGUCAAACUGUGGGACCUGCGAGCGUUCAAGAAGCCAUUGGCGACUCGUCCAGGCUUGACGACAUUGUAUUCAACCACGAACGCUAUCUUCAGCCCCGAUGACAAGCAUGUUCUAACUGGGGCGGGAGCGUCGUCGAAGGGCAGCAAGGGUCGUCUCAUGCUUCUGGAGAAGGACACCCUGGAGCCAGCGAAGGAGCUGCUGGUAGACACGACCCCUGUCAGGGUGGCCUGGCAUGCAAAAAUCAACCAGAUCGUUACGGGGCUUGCAAACGGACAAAUCUGCGUGCUCUACUCGCCCAACACUUCCGUUAAUGGUGCCAAGCUGCUUCUCAACAAAGGACCGCCGCGCAAAGCUAAUAUCGAGGACAUGUCUGAUGCUCUGGCUGCGCCGACUAUCAUCACACCCCACGCGCUGCCGAUGUUCAGGGACGGGGAGAUUACACGGGGAACCAAGCGAAAGCGUGAGAAGGACCGUAUGGACCCACGCAAGAGCAAGAGACCAGAGCUGCCAGUUACCGGGCCUGGACGAGGAGGACGAGUGGGUGCAAGCGCAACGCAGCACGUCGUGCAGAACCUGGUACGGGAUACGACGCGCGACGAAGAUCCUCGCGAAGCACUGCUCAGACAUGCAGCCACCGCAGAGCAAGACCCUGUCUGGACAGCAGCCUGGCGAGUCAACCAGCCGAAACCCGUGUUCGCACCGACCGAGGAGGAAGAGAAAAAAGAGGAGGACAAGGCAUAGAGCGACGGGUCGUGUUUCCUAAGAGUUACGGUCUCCGUGCACACGCCAGACGGAUAAGGUGGCGGAGUUUGAAAUAUCACAAAAAUAAUGAUUUG